UUCGUUACCGAAUGUUGGAAUAUUUAAGUUCACGCCGGCACCACCAAGUACAGAGACUAGGUAGACGUCCUCUGCUUUUUUUCCUUGGCAUCAUGUUCUCCGUCGUGCGGUGUUUUCAUUGGUCGAUCAAGUCAGAAGUGGGUGGCGCUCUCAUUUUCACGCCUAAAACGCAAAGCUAUGCGCCAGAUUCCUCUCACCUACACUCGCCCGCCUCGUUGCACAGUGGCUCCUCCUAUUUUUGAUCAUAUCUCCUGGCUCCUGGCUCCUGGCCGAGAGAACUUCAAUUUGAUUAAUUUGCUUCGAUGGGGGAAAACUCAACCUACCGACCGAUCAUAUUCAGUCAGUCAACAAACCAUCACCUCCUAUGUAGAAACUUCACCCUUCAUCAAAGACCCCCACCAAAAGAAAUUUAAAAGCAGAUGAUAGGGUGGCAUGUCACCUUUCCAUCUCUCCUUCUCUCUCUUCCCCCUCAGCUUUGCUUCCCUUUUCAUCCACGACCCACCUUUUGUACUCCUUUUUCCUUUGACAACUUGCCAUCAUCUCUCUCUCUCUCUCUCUCUCUCUCUCUCUUCCUGAUAUGCAAGUUAAGCUCAGAUUGUGUGGGAAACCAGACAUCCUGGCACUCUGUCCCAGCACUUAGUGCCCCCAAAUCAGAGCAGACAAAAAUGGGAUCUUCAGGCCCUAACCCCUGGGCACCAUACGACACCUACAAAGACUGCUCCCUAGGAAUCUGCUCCAUCUACUGCCCACAGUGGUGCUACGUCAUCUUCCCUCCACCCCCGCCUGACGACUACUCCGGGGACGAUGGCUCUGGAGGCACCUACUUCUCUCCCCUGGUCAUCGCAGUCAUCGGCAUACUGGCCAGCGCCUUCCUUCUAGUGAGCUACUACACCAUCAUCACCAAGUACUGCCGGCGGAGGAGAGGGAGCAACUACUCUCUGGACCUGGAGGAUUCCGCCGGGGACCAUCAGAUGAACAGCGGGUCGUGGCAGAACGCCGCGCCGGCCGGGCUGGACGAGGCGGCGAUCAAGUCGAUAGCGGUCUGCAAGUACAAGAAGGGCGACGGCCUCGUCGAGGGCACGGAUUGCUCGGUCUGCCUCAGCGAGUUCCGGGAGGAGGAGAGCCUGAGGCUGUUGCCCAAGUGCAGCCACGCUUUCCACCUGCCGUGUAUCGAUACCUGGCUCAAGUCGCACUCGAGCUGCCCGCUCUGCCGAUCCAACAUCGCGGCGGCUAAUCACGACCCGCCGCCGAUGACUCUUCCCCAGGAUACGGUCCCUGCCCAGGAAGCUCCUCGGCCUAGCCAUGACAUCGAAGCGCUAGGAUCCCCGCACAGAGAUGAGACUGUCCUGGAGAUCCACGAUGAUUUGAGGAUCGAGGAUCGCGACGAGGCCGCCGCUAGCCAUGGCCUUGCCACUUCGAAGUCUCCAUUUCGCGCUCCGGGGACAACCCAAGACAGGGAAAUCGAAAUUGGCCAAGAUGAUGCUCAAAGAAUAAGGAGAUCCGUGUCCUUGAACUCCGGCCUAUCGCAGGGACGUGUCUCGGUCGCGGACAUUCUGCGGGAUUGCGAAGAUAACGACGACGACGGUCAUCAUCAUCGUCUCGACUGCAUCCUAGCGGAGGACGUGCAAGUCGGGACCGGAAUCGGACCCUCGAAGCCACCCGUCGGCGGAGGAGAAGAUUCCAACUCCCACCACGGAGCAAGAGCGACGCCCCAGAUCGAAAGGAGCCCGCCGGAGUUGAAGAGAUCAGUUUCCACGGGGAGGUUCACGUUCGGAAGGUACGGGCGAGGGAGGAAUCUCAUCCAAAGCACACCUGAAUUCUGACCCUUCCGUUGUACACAACAGCAACACAAUCUCUUGUGCAUAUGACGCAACAUACCAAACAAAAAGACAGAAGAUCUGAUGUACAUUCUUCAUCCGGAACAUCAUUAAGAACAUGAGAUUUGCACUCGGUGUUCCUCUGCAGAAAAACCCUUUUUUUUUUUCUCUCUCUCUCUCCUGGUUUUUUUGUUUGCACUUCUUGGUUAAGGUUUUUACCACCUUCCCUAGAUGCACCACGGACCAGUUGGGGCAUCAGCAAGUGCUACCUUCAUUGACUUUACCAGAGAGAGAGAGAAAAGAAAAGAAAAAGAAAGGAGGAGGAGGCACCACCAGAUUCCUAGUUUCAACACGGUCACUCUGUUGUCAACAAGUGCUAUUAUUGUUGAUUUCUUUUUUUUUUUGGUCGGUCCAUUAUUCUUGAUUUCAGCACCAGAAAUUUAUUACGAUCUCAGAUAUUGAUAUUUAAUAUCAAGGGUUCCCACAUGGAA